AUGGAUAUUAGAGGUAGAAAAAUGAGAAAGCCACCUGCCUGUGUGCAGUGUCGUAAGAGAAAGAUUGGUUGUGAUCGUGUUAAACCGAUUUGUGGUAAUUGUAACAAAGCUGGUAAAAGUGAUUGUUUCUACCCAGAUGUUCCAGGUAGAUAUGUUCCAUCUAGUAGUUCAUACACUAGUACAAAACAGCAUGUUGAUAGACCAGUUGGAAAUUUGAUCACUAAUUAUAAUUCGAUUCCACAUUCCAAAGAGGCUACAUCGAUUUUACAACAUAAUCCUGAAUUGGCGUCUUUAGAACAAAUUAGAGAAUAUAAUACACGUUUACAAUUAUUAAGUCAAGAUCAAAGUAGAGCAUCUCCAUCUCCAUUGGAAAAUGCUCAAUUUAUACCUAGAGCUACUACUAGUUUCGAAAAUAAACCAGUAUCAUCAGCUAAUGAAUCUUCCCGUCAUUUGAACUGGGUUCAAGGACCUGCAAUCUUUGAUCAAAUGACAGCUCCUUAUACGCAAGAAGAAGUUAUGUUGAAAGAAAUGAAUUUCUUAAGGAAAAGAUUAUUGGAAUUACAAGAAGUCACUGGGAAGAAAGUUCAAGGUGUCGAUUUAUCAUUUGAUGCUUCUUUAAAUAGAGUUAAUGAUUAUUCUUCUAACAAUAAGUCUAAUAAUAAGAAGAGAAAGAUUGAUGAUAAAGUUACCGAUGGUAUAUCAGAAGCAGAAUUAAAAUUUAAUGAAAUUUUAGAUGAAUUUAAGGAUUUGGAUCCAAGAUUUCUGGAUUAUACAAAGAUUUUCUCAAUCUUUGGUUCUCAAAACUUACCUUUACCAGAUUUUGAAGAUACACCAAAUUCUAUUUAUACUAAUCAUUUCUUAACUUUAAGAGAUAAUUUUUCUUAUAAUUUUAGAAAAACUUUCGCAUCAGUAAUUAAAAAUAAUUAUGAAGCAGAAUUGACGUCAUGGAAACGUGAAAAAAUUGAGCUUGCAAGUUUAAAUCUAUUAAAUGGUCCAGUUGAAGAUAAUAAACCGACACAAAUUAAGUUCCCAUCUCGUGAUAUAACGCAAGCUAUGAUCACUAGAUUCACUUAUAUUGCUAAGGAUAUUAACCUUUUAAUCCCAAUUUUAAAAACUAGAGAACUGUAUAGUUCUAUUGAUCAAUCAUUUGGUCGUGAACCAGUCUUCGAUCCAGCUACUUUAAAUAUUGGACAAUUGAUCACCUUUGGGCAAAUUUCUUUCUGUUUACUAUUUACUUAUGAAUCGUUGGCAUCAUCAGUUUUAAUUAUCUUAAAGGAUGAACAAUUGGAAGGAUUUAAUCAAUUAAUAGAGUUUUUGCCACAAUUGAUGAAAAAUAUUAAUGCAAUUAAAGCUGAAUUAGAUAAGAGAAAAGGAUCUCUUCAAACUAUUGAAACUUUGAAAUUCAUUGCAUUAUACAAAUUCUAUCAAACUAUUACAUCUUUAUCAUCAUCUGGCGCAGAUAAAGUAAAUGAUUUUGUUGAUUUUGAUGAAGAUGUUCAUUUAGCUUUACAUUUAGGUAUUAAUGAUGAACAAAAAGAUGAAAAUAAUAUGCUAAUUUGGAAUUUUAUCUAUAAAAAUUAUUGUUGGAGACACUCCUUUAAAGGUGAAGUCCCUAUUAUGAUGGUCGGUGAUAAAUUAAAUACUGCACCAAUUGUUGAUACUUUAUUAAGUUCGGAUUUUUCCUUUUUAACAUAUCAAAUGGAAACUUUGCAAUAUUUACAAUCUAAGGAUCAAAUACUUUCUCUAGAAAAAGUGGUUCGUAUUAAAGAUAUUUUUAAAAAUAAAUUUGAUGCUCAAACAAAGAGAUGCGUAAUGUCAGGUUCAACAGCAAUUGCUGUUAAUAAUGUCAUUGACACAAUUAUUUACAGAAAGGGAAUGUUAUAUAUGACUUAUUACAUCCUAUUACAAUAUGAAGUAUUAAAGGAUACCGAAAAUUUCAUUAAAAUAUACAAAGAAUUACUUCAAAUGAUUCAAGAUACAAUCUUUUACAUUUUCUCUAACCUUGCGAAUAAGACUAUAGCAGGUUAUGAAUUUCUGUAUAUGAAUAAAUUAUUCAUUACUCUAAGAUUAAUUUGUACAUUAUUAGUGGCUCUUCAACAACGUAGUAAAUUUGCUUUCGUGGAUAAAGAAAUGGAUAAUAAAGAAAAACUUUUAAGAGAAAGUGGUGCACAAGCUGAUUUGUUUACUACGAUUCUAAGAAAGUUAUUAAUGUUACUUGAAGAUUACACUAAGAAUUGUAAAGUUAAUAGUUCCAUAAUCGCAAGCACCAUAACAAAGAUACAGACAUCGAUAGCUUUUAUUUCAUUAGCAGAUGAUCCUGUAGAAGGUGAAGAUGUUUCUGAUGAUAUCAAAACAAAGAAAACAGCUCUUGUCGAAGAAAGUAAAAAAACAUUACAAAGUGUGGCAAACAGCUUCGAAAACUUUAGUGUCGAUGACUUCAUCAAGUUUAACAUUACUUUGAAAAAUAUCUCAGAAUCAUUAAUCGUCAAUGAUUUCUACACAAAACGUGAUCGUUUUGUCUCUACUAAUCCAGAAACACUUGGUAUUAAUGCGGAAACCUUUGGUAUAAUAUACAAUGCAAUGGAAUGA